AUGCAUGUCCAAUAUGAAGAAAAUGAAAAAAGGUCAUUAAUAUGUAGAGGAUGUGCAGGAAGAACGCUUGGAUAAGAUUCUAGCAAAUGCUGUUGCCAAGAGAACAAAUUCGUGAAUGUCCUUAAAAACCAUUACGUGGAUGGAAAAAAUAUAAACUAAUUGAAAGAGAUGCUAGAUUUAACUUAAGGAUGUGAAAAUUUUUGUGAGGAACAUGGCUAUCUUUAUGAAUUUAUCAUGACUAAGAAACUAUUGAGUGAAGGGGAGUCACAAUUUGAUAGUCAAGAACUUUAUUGUAAGAUGUGUAUCAAACAGAAUUAAGAGAAAUUAUAAUCUUAUAAUAUUGAACUUCUGAAUGAUUAAUAUUGUAUAAUGCCAGAACAAAAUUCUUAAAUGAAUCAAAAUGGUUAAUAAUAGAAUGAUUAAUCAUAAGCUAAAAGUCAUUCUGAAUAGUUGAGAUAUGAAGUUAAUAAUGUGUUUGAGAAAAUGAGAAUAGCAUCUCAAAACGAAUAACAACUAAAAGAAAAAAUAGUUAUGGCUUACUAGAGAAAAGAAAAUAUAAAAUAUCAAGUACGAUCAUUAAGCAAUAUCAAUCAAUAAAAUUAAGUUAAUUAGUUAUCUAAAGAAGAUUAGGAGAAUAGAGACAAAAUGAUCUCAUAAUUGUAAAAGCUGAAAGACGCUAUAGACUUAAGAAUUAAAGCAAUUGCUUAUCUAGAAAAUGGAUAUCAUGACUACUUACAUGAUGAUUAUCUAGAGGGAGAAUCAGUACGUACAAAAAUAAUCAACGAGGGCUAUACAAUAUAGGUUGAUGAAUAUGGAAAUCAUCAAGAAAAAGGGGGUGAACUUAAUACAGCUAAAGGAUAUUCAAUUGUAGACGCGAUUGCAUAUUUUGAUCAUAUUUAACUUAUUUGAGGAGUAUACCAAAUUUCUAUUUUCUAAA